GGCAGCAGUUGGCUGCAAUUCCAUCUCAGAAGCUAGCGUCCUUACUGUGGCUACAGUCCCAUCUCUCAGUUGCUACAGCUAGGUGGUUGGGGAGGAGGGGAAUGGAGAGCUGCGAUGCAAGGAAUGGUUGUCCGGGGUAUCCACACAGGUUUGAAUCGUCGCCAACGUGGCAUGAGUUCAGAGAGCGCGCACUCGCGAAAACAAACGGAGAUCAACAAAAGCAGGUCGGCGCCCAAUCUCUGAGCGAAGGAGAGGAGGAGACGAGAAGAGGAGAAGAGGAGGAGGACGAGGGGACAGUUCCGCUUGCCGGUAAGAAAGAUCGAGAGAGCGUCGAGAUGGAGGGCGGAGAUGGAGAAGAGUCGGGGAUGAUGCGAUCGGCGGCGGCAGGAGGGAGGCACCCUGGGGCUGUUUCCCAGAUUCAUGAGGAGGCAAACGGUUGCCCCAUCGCUAAAAAUAGCAGUGCAGGGAUGAACGAAGAGGAAGAGGCGGCAGGCGGAGUGCGAGGGGGCCGAGAUGAAGAGGAGGAGACCGUCCAAGGCAAAGAGUACAGAGAGGAAGACGGAACGGAGAGGGUAGGGACACAUGGUGGUGGCAGGCCAGCGGAGAAUGCUUCUUGCUGGUCAGAGCUUGUUCGGCCCGAACGAGGAGUACAUGCCUGGGGGACGAAGCGCAGCGGGCGAACAGGGAGAGCGGAAGUGUCAGUGGAGAGGUGGAAAAAGACCAAGAUGCAGUCACGAGAGCAGAGGAUGAGGAGAAGGCGAGUAGCGGUUGCGAGCGAAAAGGGAACGAGAGGAAGAAAUGGGCACGGGUUAAGUGGUGGAAGCGGAGAAAGGCCAGAGGCCCUGGCGGCAAACUAUAGGGCUCUUUCUCAGACAAGAGAAGAGGCAACGUGGGGUACAAGGCUGGGGGACGAAGCGCAGCGGGCGAACAGGGAUAACAGGGAGUACAAGGUUGGUAAGAAUAUCGGUGGAGAGAGGAACGAAGCGGAAGACGGGCAGCAGACGAACCGAGAAGGGGGAGGACAUGAGGGGAAGAAACAGAGCGCCGACGACCAACGUGCGGAAUCUUUACACCGGUGUCGGCUAUGGGGGAAAUCUUACGAGGAGCUCCUCCAAUCCGACGGCGGGCCUGACGGUGCUGGACAGCUGUCGUCCGGCAUGCAUGGUGUGCAUGGUAUGCAGCCAUCGUGGGGAUAUUCUGAUGGCACGACAAGCGGGGACGACGAUCUGUUCACGCCGCCAGCCUCUGAGCUGCCCACGCAGCAGCUUUCAACACCAUCAGUGUGCAACAUCACCAGCGCUUGUAACACUAUGAUGGGAGGUCAUACUCCUUUGACUCCUCGCUCUCUGUUGGGGGAGGGGACGCAUGUGGGGGUGGAUGCAGUGUUCACCUCUGUGGCACAGUACAUGACGCCGAACAUGCCUGCUGGUUUUCAGAACGCCCAGUCUCGUGGGCCGCUGCCGUCACCAGGUGGAUCAGGAGAUGAUGAUGAAGCUUCUGAGCCUUCUAAUGGAGGAGGGAAGAAAGGGAGGGGUAGUGGCUGGGAUCGCAGCCUCCUCAUUGCUCUUAUAGAGGCAAAGAGGCUGGAGGCGAUUGACCCAGAAGCACACAAAUUGGCUCUUAUAGAGGCGAAGAGGCUGGAGGCGAUUGACCCAGAAGCACGCAAAUUGGACGGUGGGCCGUUGAAGUGGGAGGUGGUAGCGCGAGCAGUGAUGAGGAUCAGCGGAAGAGCAACUGACAAGACUGCUGCUUCGUGCAAGAAGAAGUGGAAUGAGCUGACGUCGAAGUACAGGCAGAUCUUGGAUUCGAACCUUCGGUCUGGGAAGCCGAAGUACUGGGAGAUGACGCCUGCAGAAAGGAAAAAUGCGAAGCACGCGGAAGGAAGAACGAAGGACAUUCUGCUAUGAAACACCUGCGGACCGGGUCCGAUCUCGGAUGGCGGACGCAGAUGGGGCUGCGUCCGCGGCCAACCUGCUCCGCGCCGCGGACCUGAUUUUACCAGAAU